AUGACCAUCACACAAGAAAUUCUUUAUCAACUCUAUUCAGUAGACUCUUCGAACAGUGAUAUGGCUCACUUCACUAUUUUUGGGGCUUCAGAAUCAAGCGGUAAAUUGAAAGGUUACCCUUUGAUGUUACCAAAUUACAAUAACUUUUUGAUGACCUUCAAAUCUUUCUCCGAAGAUUGUAUAGAGCUUCUCCUUGAAAAAAUAGGCAUACCUCAAACUUACUAUAACGGGCAUGAUUGUGACAUGAUUGAUAACAUUCUUAGAAUGUUAUGUGCCUUGGUAUCGCAAUGCGAGGGGCUUAAGAAAGAAUAUUUUUGCAUAUAUGUUAUGGAAUUCAAGGGAUGCUGUUUUUACAACGCACUGAAUGUGACAUCCUCUAGCUAUAUUGGACGAGUUCCAUCAAGAGAGUUUGUGCAGAAAGUGGCUUGUGAGGGCAAUUUUUCUUUGCCUGCGGGGGCAUCAACACUCGUGAGAUUCAAAGGAGAUGAAGAGGAAAACUGUGCCAUAUGCUUGGGAGAGUUAAGGACUCGUGACAAUGCAAGGUUGCCUUGUUCCCAUGUUUGUCACUAUGAUUGUAUCUUAGAAUGGUUUGUGAAAAGUGGAACAUGUCCUCUCUGUCGCUUCCGAUGCAAUGCCUCUAGUCACCGUUUGUCGCUUCCAUCGUAG